CAUCGCAACCAGUGAGACAAUGCCAAGCCGCCGCCAUGACCAAUUGGAAUCCGGUAAAACCUCCCAAUCCACGCUGGGGUCCAAAUAUGCAUAUGUUGAGACAACACAACAGUCCAGCUUUUGAAUAUUGGAAUGAUGCAAAUGAGGAUCAUAUUUGGGAGCAUAGUGGACUAUUUGAAGGUGACAUCAUGUUGCAUCGUGAAUAUUUACGCAAUGGUCUGCUAAAUGAAAAAUCAACUUGGCCAGAUGCCACGGUGCCAUUCUAUAUAGAUAGCCAAGAUUUCAAUGAAACCCAAACGAUGACCAUAUUAAGGGCCCUAAAGGAAUAUCACGACAAGACAUGCAUACGUUUUCGUCCAUACGAAAAAGGAGAUAAAAAUUGGAUUGUUUUUAAAGGCAAUUAUUCGGGAUGUUGGUCCAGUGUUGGUCGCAGAACUGGUGGACAAGUUUUAAAUUUGAAUACACCCAAAUGUGUAUCACAUGGUGUUGUGGUUCAUGAAUUGUUGCAUGCUCUGGGUUUCUAUCACCAGCAAUCGUCAACCGAACGUGAUGAAUAUGUCAAAAUCAAUUGGGAAAAUAUUUUGCCGGGGCAUGCACACAAUUUCAAUAAAUAUGCACGGACAUAUGUUACUAACUUUGGUGUGGAGUACGAUUAUAAUAGCGUUAUGCACUAUAGUUCUAAGGCAUUUACGAAAAAUGGUAAAAAUACCAUUGAACCUUUGGAUCCCACUGCCAGUUUGGGUCAACGUAAAGGCCUAUCGGAAAAGGACAUUGCCAAGUUAAAUGAAAUGUACGAAGAAGAAUGUAAUGUUUUUAGUAUUUUCGAUUUUGAUCGUUUUGGCAACUAUUUAGAUAAUAUUAUUGAUUAUUUUCAAGGAACACUUGAUAGAAUCUUCGUAUAGAA